CUCUAUGGACUAAGGAAGAUUUGACCAGAAUAAACCCAGGAAAACCAAGUAGAAAAAAUUCAACUAUUCAAGGAAAUCCAAACACCAAAUGAAGUGGCUCCCUAAACCCCGCAAUAGCAAAGCACUUGCUUCAUCUCUCCUCCAUAUCUCUUCUCUCUCCUUCAUUAGACCUCUCUCCAAUGCAGCAGCUGAUGUUUGGAGCCCUAGUUUUGUCCACCCAACUGCUAUUGUACAUCCCAAUGCUACUCUUGGUCAGGGUGUAUCAAUUGGGCCAUUUUGUACUGUUGGGUCGUCAGUAAAACUGGGCAAUGCUUGUAAAUUGUAUCCUGGAAGUCACAUAUUUGGACAUUCUCAAUUGGGUGAUAAUUGCAUUCUUAUGACGGGUGCUGUUGUUGGUGAUGAGCUUCCUGGGAAGACUAUGAUUGGAUCAAACAACAUCAUUGGACAUCAUGCUGUUGUGGGUGUAAAAUGCCAAGACUUGAAAUAUAAGGAUGGAGAUGAUUGUUUCCUUGAUAUUGGUGAUAAUAAUGAGAUAAGAGAAUACAGCUCAAUCCAUAGAUCAUCCAAGUCAGAUGAUCAAACGGUCAUUGGUCAUAAUAAUCUUAUAAUGGGAUCCUGUCAUGUUGCUCAUGACUGCAAAAUUGGUGAUCACAACAUAUUAGCAAACAAUACCUUGUUGGCUGGCCAUAUAGUAGUAGAAGAUUACAUUCACACUGCUGGUGCAACUGUUGUCCAUCAGUACUGCCAGCUCGGCUCAUUUUGUUUCAUUGGUGGUGGCUCUGUGGUUUCUCAAGAUGUUCCAAAAUUCAUGAUGGUUUCUGGUGAUAGAGCUGAGCUCCGUGGCUUGAACUUAGAAGGUCUGCGACGUCGUGGGUUCUCUGAUACAGAGAUCAAAGGUUUGCGAGCAGCAUACCGCAAGAUUUUUAUGCCUCUGAGUAAUGAAUCUGGGAGUAUUGAAGAUCGUCUUAAAGAACUGGAGCAACAUGAAGAAUUCGGUCAAGUUCCUACCAUAUGCUCCAUGGUGCAAUCUAUACGUGAUUCGUUUUCUCAGAGUCGUCGUGGUAUAUGUAAAUUCAGACAUUGGAAUGCAUCUUAAAAGUAUUUCUGUCUAAAUUCUGUGAUUCCCAUCUCUGCUAUCUCAUUUGGAGUAAUUAAGUAUGGGAGUCGUCUCCAGAUGUGAUCACACAUAAUUCCAAAGGGUAUACUAUAUGAAUGCUGCUGUACUUCCUUCAUUAUAUGCAAUUUGUGUUCAAAAGUGAAGAAAAUUGCAGAGCCUUGACUUUAGAGUGAAGAGAAACAAAAGUGGAUUUUCUGCCGUUAGUUUGUUACUGUUUUUUGUAAAUAUGACUGAGCUAUUUAACAACUGCUUUGUAGCUUUGCAAAGCUGGUGACCAACUAUGUACUACUCCUAAUACAGCUGUGUUUUGGAAGCAUUCAUCAUUUGCUUUGAACUUUGAAUAGUCAGAUUGGUAGUUUGGUACUCAGGGACCAGAAGGGUGGAGAAAUUACUAUCAUGGAGAAACCCACAUCUAGACAUACAUACACACUUGGUGUAAUUCUAAUAUUGCCCAUUGUAUCUUGGCGACUUUUUUUUCGUCGAAUUUUGUAAAAAUUUCUAUAAAUCAUCACUAAUAUAUUAUAAAUGUGAAAGUUUUCCUCUAAGUGAAACUUUUUUAA